GGUUACUGUCAACAGUGGUGAAAUGGCUUCACAGAGGCGAUUAAAAACACGCAAAGUAAUGAGUCUUCGUGCAAAGACAAUGAGGUUAAUUACCGUAACAUGAUACGAGUGUGUUAAGCACGUCUACCAGUCAACAUAGAUCUCUAAGAUUUUAUCAUUCAAAUCGCAACCAUUCCCAGUAAAAAUGCCGAUUGCACAGACAAGACUUGAGACCAUGCAGGUCUGUAAGCUCCUGCAAUGUGUGCGGGAGGAGGACCGAGAGCAGAUCGAAAAACUCACCCUGAAUGGCGUACCUCAUCUUAUAAACUACAACGAACCAACUGAAGGGGACACUGCUCUCAAUAUAGCUGCCUGCGCCAACAACGACUCCAUGAUUCAGUUCCUUCUUGAUCUUGGUGCUCACCCAGACGUCAUGGACUUCAAAGGGCGAUCUUCGGUGAUGAGGGCUGCAGAAUAUGGCCAUAUUCAGUGCCUGGAGGUGUUAGCAAAGUCUGGUGCUGAUAUGAAACUCUCAGAUUUGGAAGGAAAGGGUGUCAUCUUCUUCUGUAUUUCUCCGACACAAAGACAUGCCAAAUGCCUCGAAAUAGCUCUCCAACACGGAGCCGAAGUCAACAACAAAAACAAGUCAGGAAAACCGGUCUUCUUUGUUGCCUGUGAGACUGCGAUGGACAAUCAAGAUUCAUGUGUCCAGCUACUUGAAAAGGGAGCUGACCCAAAUGCAAUCCAUGAGGCUACUGGUCGAACACCCUUGAUGGUAGCUUCGCAGAGUGGUAGUGUUAUAGUUGUGCGGGCAAUCCUGGAACGAGGUGGAGACGUGAACGCGCUGGACCGCAAGGGUGCCCACGCUGCCCAUUAUGCUGCUAAAGGUGGAUUCUUUGACGUCCUUUGCUGCCUUGCUGGUCAUGGUGCCAAUUUUGACCAGGUUGAUGAUAAAGGCAAUACGCCAAUCCACUUCGCUGCUGAUGGCCAUGCCCUAUGCUGUCGAUUUAUGGGACAGAGAGGUGGCAACCCGAAGCCAAAAAAUGAUGACGGUUUUGUAGCAAAAGUAAUUGCCAAGGACAAUGGGCACAAGGACUGUCUGAAAGAAUUGAAAAAAGCUGAACGAAACCAUGGGAAAAUCGGCAAGAACAAUGAACCAUGGGCAAUUGCAUUGUAUGAUUGGAGCGUGGAGAAAUCAAAGGCCCUUCUGGAGUUGUGUCAAAAGUUUGAUCCAGAUGCCAAUGGUUACUUGCCCAAAGACGAUUUUGAGGAGUGCCUUAGGAAUUUGGGGGCACCGCUGAAUGAUGAUGCAUUGAAAAAAGUCUUGCCGCUUCAUGAUAAGAAUAAGGAUGGGAAUGUGGAUUACAAGGACUUCUUGACGGGGAAAAAAUAUGUGAACAAACUGUACCUCAUGAGUGCCUACGAGGGGAAGAAAAAGAAAAAGAAGGGUGGGAAAGGAAAAAAGAAAAAGGGGAAGACAAAAUUGCCAAUGCCGAUAUGUAUCAUGGAUGAGGGUCCACGAACUCCCGGGGGUGGUCCACCAGAAACAUUCAUUGAGCGCCACCUACAUUUCACUGACACUGGUCGCUUCGACCGAGAUGAACCUCCUGAGCAUCCGUUGCAGGACGAUUCUGCAUGGUAUCUUCAUCAUCCGGACAAAGCGUACAUCAACAUAAAUGAUUCUGCGAAGAAUGGUGACCUCGAUUCGUUGAAGCAGGCGCUGAAUAAAGGAACACAUGUGGAUACGCGAGAUAAAUACUACAAGACACCGCUGAUGGCGUCCUGCUCUGUUGGAUGUAUCGACUCUGUGAGAUAUCUUCUCGAAGCUGGGGCUACAGUGAAUGCGAGAGAUAACUUCAAAUGGACACCGCUGCAUCAUGCCUGUCAUGCUGGGCAGCUUGAUAUCGCGGAACUGUUACUGGAACGUGGAGCAGAACUCGAUGCAGCGGCGAUGAAUGGCGGUACACCUCUGAUGAGGGCGAUUGAGAGCUCCAGGAUAGACCUUGUGCAGUACUUGAUCAACCGAGGAGCUAAGUUACAGAUUGAGAAUAGAAAAGGUCACAACCCUCUUGACGUUGCCAUGGCCUAUGCUGAUCCCAGGGUACUAGAUGCCGUUCAGGAGAAGUGGGACACCUUACCCAAGAUAAAUGAGAAAGGCAAGGGCAAGGGCAAAGGAGGGAAGAAAGGUGGUGGUGGUGCCAAGCGACCCAAGUCGAGCACCAGCGACAAUAAGAUGGAUUUGCCCCCGGUUCAGACCUAUAGAGCCUCUAGUCCUAGCGAUGAUAUGUCUGCCCAUCCAAGGAAAGGUUCCAUCCUACGUGCAGCCUCAGCUCUAGCUGGAGGCAUUGAGGAGCGAGAGGACAUCACAUACGUACCACUCAAGGCGUGGACUCAGCAGCCAAAUACUGAAGACUUGAUUGCGAAGAAGCAAGUUUGUCGCGAACGAUUCACAUUCGAAGUUGACUUCCCUGCUGAGUUCAAGAUGCCAUUCAAUAAGAACAUUUGUCAGAAGGUGGAGGUAUUCGGUGGGUUGGACGAUGACUGAUUAUGUGAUUGCAGUGUACACACAACGAGACCGAGUGUGUAUCGUCUAGGGUUACAGUUGAUGCUAAUUAUGAGCAGAGGUUCUGAGUUGGCAGGAACUUUAGUGAGAUUUAUGGUCACCCACAUGGUCUUGGUUUCUAGCCUCUAUUGGAUGAUUUCCUUGACUUGUCUUUUGGAAAUGUGCCUUGCCCGAGUGCAAGAGGGUCCAGAGAAGAGCCAAGCCGGUGACUGUUAGUUCUGUGGGAACAUCAUGAAGGUACAUUCGCUGACAGGAAAUGUACAUUCGCUGACAGGAAAUGCUAGUUGGCAAUGUCUUUCUAUCGGUUGUUAGAAUGUAGGAUGCAUUCAUUGUUACUGGUGGACCAAUAAUAAACCACACCAGAAUCAAUUGUAAACACCUAUUUCAUCUGUGAUAAUUCAAUAUAUGGAACUUUCUAGGUUGGCGACUGCAGGUUGGUUUUGACAUCAAAUGCCAAAAGUGAUCGAAGAACACUAAUAGAGAGACAACUUGGCAAAUUAGGUUUUAAGAAAGGGAUGGGGAGGAUAACGUAUGUCGCACCCUUUGACGCACAUUAUUUUUAUUGCUGAAAAUGCACCAUAACAGAUCACAUUGGAAGGAUGUCAAGCCUGCUGCUUCAGAACAUAUACUUGUUUAUUAUGUAGUCUCUCUAUUGGUGUAUUAUACACUGUUUUUAGCUUCUGUGCUUGUUGUACAGAUGGGGAUAAAAACUUGCAGCCAGACAAAACUAUAUUAGUAUUUUAGGAAAAACACCCAAAAUGUGCUUGUCAUUAUUUGAAACGCACCAGGGAAGAUGUCCAUAGACCAAAGUCCAGUUUUGUAAUUACAUGUACAUAGUAUUUCUGUAAAUUCCCUAAGAUGUUGUCAUUUAGACUUCAAUGCAUAUAGACGUCUAUUUUGUUAAUGUUGUAAAUAGCAAAGCCAUUCUGAAUCUGACUCUAUUUUAUAGAAAUCUUUAUCAUGAUUACUCUUGGCAAAUAUCAUAUGCUAUGUUUUAUUUAUGUUUUUGUCAAUUUGUGGAAUAAAUGACAUA